UGGUUGUAUAAACGUCAUCGCCAAUGAAGUUCUGCUACAUUUAAGAAGCUGCAGCAUCUCCACAGACAUAGUUCACAGGCUGAUUGGUUUCUGAGCUCCAAAAUACGGAUUGAACUGGGGACAUUUACAAGGACACUCCGGCGGGUAACUUUUGAAGAGACCCCGGAAGGCGGCAGUGAGGGGACUUUUCUCGCAGACCUGCCUCGUACUGACCCGGCAUGUGCACUGGGGGCUGCGCUAAGUGCCUGGGGGGCACCCUCAUUCCCCUCGCUGUGUUUGGCUUCCUGGCUAACAUCCUGCUAUUUUUCCCUGGAGGAAAAGUGAUAGACGACAAGGAACACCUUUCCCAAGAGGUCUGGUUUUUCGGAGGAAUAUUAGGAAGCGGGGUCUUGAUGCUCUUCCCUGCGCUGGUGUUCCUGGGCCUGAAGAACAACGACUGCUGUGGCUGCUGUGGCAAUGAGAGCUGUGGGAAGCGAUUUGCGAUGUUCACCUCCACGAUAUUUGCUGUGAUUGGAUUCGUGGGUGCUGGAUACUCGUUUGUCAUCUCAGCUGUAUCCAUCAACAAAGGUCCUAAAUGUCUCAUGGGCAAUAAUGGCACAUGGGGCUACCCCUUCCAAGACGGGAAUUACCUCACGGACGAAGGCUUGUGGAGCUUGUGCCGACAGCCUGAAAACGUGGUGCCCUGGAAUCUGACCCUUUUCUCCAUCCUGCUGGUCAUCGGAGGUAUCCAGAUGAUUCUUUGUGCCAUUCAGGUGGUCAAUGGCCUCCUGGGGACGCUGUGUGGAGACUGCCAGUGUUGUGGCUGCUGUGGGGGAGAUGGACCAGUUUAAACCUCUGUGGCGAUCUUCUCUAACUCGAUGGCAUGCAGGAAGAACCAUUUAACUUCUUAUUCUUCUUUUUUGGGAGUUAUCAGUUCCUAUCUGCUUGUGAACUGUCAAAGCCUAGGGAGCGGAGAGUUAUUCCUUCUCCUUGCUUAACUCAACUUACAAUGUUUCAAAUAAAAAAUGGGUUGCCCACUUAAGUUAAAUUUAUAAGUCUUUCAAAUUAGCAUCCUUUUAGAAUUGAAAAGCAGGUUCAAAGCUAAUGAUUCAUUAUUUUUUUUUCUUUAAGAAUGAAAAAUGUAUAAUGUCACAUGUAUUACCACACUGCUUCUUUGUAUACAGAGGUAUUUAUAGCUUUAGAACUUUAAUGUAAUUCAAAGGAGAAAAGCACUUUAAAAUGAGAAACGAAGACCAAUUUUUGUUUUCAAGAUUCAUGGGAAAAAAGAAUGACUGAUGUAUCAUAAAUGAAUUUUAUUUGGUGUCUU